AUUCAGUCUUUUCUUUCAAGCCUGAACAGAAACAAACAGAAGCCAACAUGGUUGACUGGAGUGACCAGGAGCGCGCCAUCAUCAGCGACAUUUUUGCCAACUUGGACUAUGAAGAUAUCGGUUCCAAGGCUCUGUCCAGGUGCCUGGUCGUCUACCCCUGGACUCAGAGGUACUUUGGUGCUUUCGGAAACCUCUACAACGCCAAUGCCAUCAAGACAAACCCAGCCAUCGCUGCCCACGGAGUGAAGAUCCUGCACGGUCUGGACCGCGCCGUGAAGAACAUGGACAACAUCAAGGAGGUUUACUCCGAGCUGAGCGUGCUGCACUCCGAGAAGCUGCACGUGGACCCCGACAACUUCAAGCUGCUGUCCGACUGUCUGACCAUCGUCAUCGCUGCCAAGAUGGGCAACGACUUCACUGCAGACAUCCAGGCCGCUUUCCAGAAGUUCCUGGCUGUGGUGGUGUCUGCUCUGGGAAGGCAGUACCACUAAACCACCAAAAUGGACACCAGAAGGAGAUCUGAUUUCAGAUGACCCAU